AUGACAUUAAAUACUGCUAACGCUACAGAAUAUUUGAAGAACUACCCCAAGAAGGAUGGGUUAUCUAUCAAAGAGUUGAUUGAUUCUACUAACUUCGGUGGGUUGACCUAUAACGAUCUUUUGGUUUUGCCAGGUUUGAUUUCUCUCCCUUCGUCAGGAGUAAACUUGGAGACAAAGUUGACUAAGAAAAUCACUUUGAAGUCACCUUUCGUUUCGUCUCCCAUGGAUACUGUCACUGAAGAAAAUAUGGCGAUCCACAUGGCUUUGUUAGGUGGUAUCGGUAUUCUUCACCAUAACUGCACACCAGAGUAUCAAGCUGAAAUGGUCAGAAAAGUCAAAAAAUUUGAAAAUGGUUUUAUCAAUGACCCUGUGGUAGUUGCUCCAUCUACCACUGUCGGAGAAGUGAAGAAAAUGAAAAAUUUGAUGGGAUUCACGUCGUUUCCCGUUACUGGUAAGUAUUUUAAUUUCAACCUUGGAACAAUAACAAAAUGUUUGGAUGAUGAUUUCUAUACUCUAAAUAACUUUCGUUCUACCGAAUUCAUCAAACGAUGGUGUGGACAUUAAUUUUGCUGACUUCGAAACAUAAUUUUGUUUAUUCUAAAAGAUCACUUAUAAGGAUGUACUAACUUCAUUAGAAAAUGGAAAAGUUGGCGGCAAGCUAGUAGGUAUUGUUACUUCACGUGAUGUUCAGUUUCAC